GUGUACAGUGGGAACUAUUCGUAAAUAGCAGCACUCGUUGCUGUUUGAUUCCAGCCCUUCAACUCUCUCAGAGAAAAACAUCUUGACUACUAAAGUUUUUUUUUCGACAUGUGAUUUUCCUUACAUGUAAAGGGUACAUUCUAAAGAACGAGAGCCGAAAAUAGUCAAUUUCUUUUCAAAUUGGAAAUUAAAUGGUUUAAUACGAUUUUGUUUAUCAACCCUGAGAGAGACUUAGCUUAAUCUGGAUUAUAUAAAAUUCUCCCCUUUGAGUGUUCAUUUAACAAUUGUACGGUGUUGAUGGGAUGAAUAACACGAUUGGAUAUUUGUUAACCCCAGGUGAUACUGUGAAUGAGGCGAGAUGAGGACUUCCGGUGAGGGAGGAUGGCGAACAUUAACACCGGACACCUGCUGCUGCUGACCGCCUGCUACACAAUCUAUGUACACAGCGUCCCAGUGUUCAGAGACUGCGGGGGACGACUGACGGACGCUAAGGGCGUGAUCCAGUCCCCGAACUUCCCCAAGGAAUUCCCCACCCCCAUACAAUGUGAGUGGGUGAUCUAUAACCCCCAGACACGGAACACCGCCAUCUACCUGACACAGUUCUACCUGAAGGGGUUCGUCAGUGUGUGGCAGUUUGAGCAUUAUUCCAACCAGAGGGAGUACAUCAAUCCCCGGCAACUAGCCACUCUGAAUGCAAACAGUGAGAUCCAGCACAUCGUGUCCAACAAGCCGUACACCGUGAUUCGUCUGGCCGUCUCUGAGAUCAACGACAUUAACGUGCGUGUGCUGGAUCACAUCGUGGACGUCUAUGGCUUCAACAUCACAUACGAGUUCUUGGACCGUUCCUCCACAAACCUAAAGCGCACCUGUUCCAUCAACCUGUGCUCCUACCUGGGCGACUGCUACGCCAACGCCGACUUCUCGGCCUACCGGUGCCACUGUUUUGAGGGCUACCAGGGGGAUAUCUGUCAAUAUGGGGAACACUGUGACCCAGCCAAGGGAAUUAACCAAUGCAAGAAUGGAGGGGAAUGUCGGUAUUUUUAUGGAACAAAUGUUAACAUCUGUAACUGUACCAAAGGGUUCACAGGACACAUGUGUGAGGUGCCCCUCUCCGACUAUCUACCAGACGCAUGUGCCUACCUUGGAUGCGGUCAGACAUGCAUUGACGGCAUGUUUGGCUACAAACAGUGCGCAUGUUACAAAGACUUCCGACUGAACCCUGACAAUAGAACCUGCUCCCAUAUAGAUCGAAAUCGAAUCAUUGUAACAAUGCAACCAACGGACAGCUACCUCCAGUCUAUUUCCGGAAGCGGAAAUGAUGUUCUAUUUACUGAAUCUCAAAUUGAGUCAGUUCGCCAAGAUAUUGAGCUGAGCCUCAAAGAGUAUAAUGUACACACUAUGACAAAUUUUACCUUUAUUGGGUCAAGUUCAUCAAACCCAAGAACAAUGGAAUUUCAUUUUAUCAUCGAGACAAGUGAACAAUCCAAGAUGGCGACCUUUGAGAAAACCCUCUUCAGCCGUGGCUUGGUCGGCGACAUUCCAUUUUACAAUACGUCAUUAUCAAUCAAAAGCAUUCCAGUUCUGUACCUGAUGGAGGUGGUCACCACAGAGGAAGGACAGCACGACUCCUUCUGGGGCGACGACUACAUCAGCUACACCAUCGAGGGCAAAUUCCUGACCAUUUCCUGUAUUGUGCGAGGCUCUGAGAACACCAGCUUCCGGUGGUUCAAGGACGGAAUGCUGAUCGACAUGGGCGUAGCUGUCAGGAAAGGUUUCCAGACCAUCAUCAACUCCAAACUGGACGGGACUCUUCGCUCAGUGCUGUAUUACGGGAACGUCAAGGCGUCGGAUAGAGGUGAAUACACCUGUGAAGCCAGAGAUUUUGGAAUUGCUCAGAAUAAGUCUGACUUGGUUGACGUCAUUACAACACCGAUGGUUGAUAUAGAUCCGAUGGCGGACUAUGUCCCUUACGGUGGAUCGAUUAGAAUCCGAUGCCUGUCUUUUGAUCAAGAUGCCUUGCAGUAUGAAUGGUACGUGAACAACUUGCUCAUCAAAAGAGGGCGCUCCGAUAUGAUACCGGAAACACUACAGCCUGCCGGAUCACAGCUCUACGUCCGUCGCCUGCUGAAAAGGGCGAUAUUUACUUGUAAAGUGACCAACGCUGCAGGCGCCCAGAAUGUCACAGCGGCUAUAUAUGUACAGCCAGCUAACCAUGUUAACGAUACCUGUCAUCAGCAGUGGUAUAAGAGUAUUUUGUGGGCGGAAAUGGCAGGCGGCCAUUACCGGAAGGAACGAUGUCCAGCAGAAGCAGGGGAUUUUCAAAACUACAUCCCUAUAGAUACUGGUUUUGUCACUAGGAAGUGCCGGUGUAGAAAUGGCGGACGGGGAAGAGUUUGUUCCUGGGACGAGCCCAAUUUUUCAAUGUGUCAGUCUGUCAGUUUGGUCCAGAUAUAUGACGAGAUGGAGAUCCUCCGUAACGGAUAUAGAUCAUCUUCCCUACAGCACGUGUUCGACCAGCUCUUCCAGUACGCCGCCAGUCCAGACAACCGGAUGUACUCGGGUGACGUAGAGAUUGCCGCUAAUGUUCUCCUGAAAAUCCUCCAACAUCUGGUCAAGUCCCCCUCCCUCUACUAUGGUGGCUCCAAGAUCUCAUUCGUGAAUGUCGUCUAUUUGUUGGACCAACUUCUCACAGCCAUCUCUAACGCCACUGUGGAGGAAAAAAAGGCGGUGAGCUUUGGGGACAACAUGAUAGGUAUACUGGACGCCCUGAGUAGUAACCUGACCAGUUACCUGGACUUCUCACCUGAUACGGAAAUUCUAUCGGACAAUAUAGAUGUGGAGUUUGGGAGCAGCUCCAGUCAUCGUGUAACGCUGUUGAGACAGAAUGGCGAAAGGGCUCUUGUUCCAGACACCAACGCUUACCCGGUGGUUUUAUUUUCUCUGCGGAAUUUAAUCGACUUGUUUCCCAUGAAAAUACAAAGGGACCACAACCUGCGCUCCGUGUCCGAAAUGCUGGAUGUCAGCAUGUUCCCCAGCGAUUCCUUUGUAACGGAUAAUUUGAUUGGACGAAUAAGCAUUCCACUGCUGUCAUCAGUUAAUGUGAGAGAUUAUUCAACAUUCCAUUGUUUAUCCCUUGAAAAGGAUUCCAGAUACAUAAAACAUGAAUGGAAAAACGACAGUUGUCAUUUUGUGUCACAUGACAACUCCUACAUCACGUGUCAGUGUUCACUUCCUGUCAUGCUACAAGUGGUUGGCAUCCAGCAAAAUGAAACGAUUGUCUUCCCCGCCGUCCAAAACAACUUUGAACUGCUUCUAGUGGGCGCUGCCGUCGCUAUAUCCGGUCUUGCUCUCAUUCUCAUCAUUCUUGUGGUCGCCUGCAGGAGAUUACCGGGAGAGGAGUCGGUUAUCUAUGUGAAUUUCAUCUGUGUGUUAAUCGCCUUGAAUUGUGUCGUUAUCGUGUGUCUUUAUCAUUGGAAAACUGAGAUUAUCUGUACAAUAGGGAGGUACGCCUUGUUCUUCCUGUACUCGGCAGCUAUAUCAUUUUUACUGCUGGUCAGCGUUCAUCAGUUUAUUUCUCCCAGUAAAGCGGGGGGACUGGUCAGCAAGUACCUGAUGUUUGGUUGGGGAUGCCCGCUGAUUUUGACAUCGUUUUUCGUGGUAGCGUCUCAGAUGUUUGACAAGUCCGACAGCCAUUCCUUCAUGUGUUGGCUUAGGAGAAGCCAAUGGACGUUUUACUACUUUGCCAUUGAAGUCGCCAUCAUAACUUUUGUGAUGUUUGUGUUCAGUGUGUUGUCUGUCAAGUCCAAAACAAUCAAAGCAGACAUCACGACCGCGGCCAACAGGAGACAACUCUUAUGUCGCUGUAUUAAGACGGGCGUUCUACUCAUGUUGGUGGCAAUGGAUGCUUUCUUAUCCAUGGAUCUAACGCCCGACCCUGCCUCCCUACAACUCAUUAUCUUGAUUACCUGUAGGAUUGCAAUAGUGAUAUCAUUGUUUGUAAGCAGAAUAAUAAUGGACACUCAGGUCGUCAAAUUAUUCCGGUGUUCCUCCCCCAAGUCCGACAACUCUACAGAGAACUCGGAUGAAGCGGAACAGAGCUGUAAAGGUUGUUGUAGUUAUUUUAAUCACCCAACGCGAGAACAAGAGAAAGCAAACAAGUAUUAUGCAGAAGUCAAUAGAGCCAAAUAUACUGCUGAGAGAAAGCGCCAUCUGUCGUCACUUCUUGGAAGUUCUGCUGCUCACGAGCUUCCGUUAAACAAUACAGAAGCAAAUAGUGCGACAGUCUCGUGCGCAGAGACGAAAAUUGUUGAUAAACCUAGUCAAACUACUGGCCCGCUAUUAUUUAUACGGGCAAACGGCAGCAAAGAGGUCGCCUUUGUCUCAGAAAGGGUACCAAUCCUUAAUCAAAACGAUACAAGGAUAAUCGGAAGGGAAGUGGAAAGACUUGGUGUUAGUGCGCCAAACCAUUCGGUCCGGAAGAACGGAUAUAACAGAGUGAACCUAUCCGGACAGAAUUCCCGGAGUGAACCUCAAGAAGAGCUGACUGCUUUAAUUCAUUCCACUGCUGAUAGAGAAGUGCAGCAGCACAAACAGUUGUUAUAAUUCCAUUCCAUCCAUUUUGUAUACAUAUGUAAUAUAUACUCUAGUAGUCUCACUAAGAAGUCCCCGUGUCUCACUCUCUCUUCUGGGUCUUUCAACGCGAGAGAAAAAAAAAACAACAUAGUUAUGCAAAAAUCGUUACCAAUGUGAAGUGCUUUAUGAAUUGUAUGAGGUUUUGACUGUUUUGCUAUACACUGGUUUAUCUUUUGGAGACGUUUACUUGUAUUUUCCUUGUGCUCUAUUUUGUUAUGUCUCCUCGCCGUAGUCUUUACAUCUUUAUAUUUAUUUUUUAAACAAAUGUGAUAUGUUACAGAAAUCCAAAUAAAUAUGUGCAAUCUGUAAUAUAGAACCUAGAA